CAGGGACGGAGUACUGCCACACCGUCCACGUGAUGGAUUCCCUGGGCGAGAGCGUGCUCGUGAACAAGAAGUGCGCCGCUGCUGCCGAGUGCCUUCACGACAACGUCGGGUGCCUCCUCAUCGAUGGACAAACGAUGUGCAUAUCCUGCUGCGACGAGCCUUACUGCAACGUGAGUGCACCGACGAAUUUCAGCACAGCUAUCCUGGUCUCGAACCGGCCCCACUCCGACCCCGUCGGCCACAACCCAGGUCACCACGGGGGUCAACCGGGGUCGCACAGCAUGACCCCACCGAGGACGGUGUUGGAUCCGAUUUUGGCGCUCUUGUGCCUCGCCCUCGCCCUCUACCUCCUCCUUUCCCGGUGUAGGUAGUGCGUGAGACCUUAUUUGCGAAUUGCCAAUUGCCAAAUUUUGUUUUUGCUCAACUUUUGAGUGUGGGAGGCACUUUUAGCGAUGUAGAGGGGGGUGUCGUCGAUCGGUUUUGUGCUGCCAUCCAUCGUCUCGUCGCGCAAGUAUUCGCGUCGAGGGAAAAACUACCGAAUCGCGUUGAGUGAAUGACGAAGAUCCUCUUAAGUGGCCCUCUUAAGUGGUCCUCUUAGGCGGUCCUCUUAAGUGGCCAAGUCAGAUCCCAUCUGGGAGUUUGCUUCCACGUUUCGUUAAUGGGCAAGUUUGCCUAU